AUGCCAAGAAAAAUUGAUGCAGCGACAAUGGAUGAAGUUGGGAUAGAGGUAGACGGGGAUUUGAGUGACAGUGACAGUGACGGUGAGAGGCAGGCAGCUGGGAGAGGAGGUGCAAGGGGAAGAGGUCGAGGCAAAAAAACAGCCAGUGAGGACGAGGAUGAUGAAGAUGAGGAAGAUGAAGCUCCCAGGGGACGCAGAGGUGCAAACAAGAAGAAACCUGCAAAGAAACGUGGCGGCGGUGAUGAUGAAGAUGAGAGCGAUGACGAAGCUCCCAAGAGGAAACGAGGAGGAGCAGCCAAUAAGAGGAAAGGAGGCAAAGCCCAGAACAGUGAUGAGGACAGUGACGAGGGAAAAGGGAAGAAGGGAAGGAAGGGAGGAGGGAAGAAAGGAGGGAAGGAGGAGGAGGAGAGUAAGGGUAAGAAGGGGGACACCAAAGGAAAGGACAAGGGGAAAGACAAGGAUGAUGACAAGGACAAGAAGAAGAAGAAGAAAAAGGACGACAGCUCAUCUGAUUCCAACUCAGACUCCGAUGAGGAGGAGUCCAUGUCAGAGGGAGAGAUGGCCCGGCUGAUGGAGGAGGUGGAGGAGAAAAAGAAACUGAUCGCCAAUAUCAGGAAUAAGCCGUGGAGGAUGAAGCGAAGGCUAACGCACCUGAAGGAGGCUCAAGAAUUUGUUGAUAAGUUUGAAGGAGCUUUGGGCAAAGGGAAAGGCAGGAAGUGGUAUGCCUACAAAGUGAUGAUGACAAAGAAAUGGAUCAAGUUUCAAAGGGAUUUUGAGAAUUUCAGAACAGCUUGUAUUCCCUGGGAGAGGAAGAUCAAAGAGGUGGAAAGUCACUUUGGGUCAUCUGUGGCUUCUUACUUCAUUUUCCUGCGCUGGAUGUACGGCAUGAACCUCGUCCUCUUUGGUUUCACUUUUGGACUGGUGGUCAUUCCUGAGGUUCUGAUGGGCCUGCCCUAUGGGUCGAUUCCCAGGAAAACUGUACCCAGAGCAGAGCAGGCCACGGCUCAGGACUACUCUGUCCUCAUGGACUUCAAUGGCUACUGCAAAUAUUCAGUCCUGUUUUAUGGCUAUUACAACGACCAGAGGACCAUCGGCUUGCUGAAGUUCAGGCUGCCUCUGUCCUACCUCAUGGUCGGGAUUGGCACCUUCGGCUACAGCCUGAUGGUCGUGAUCCGCACAAUGGCCAAGAACGCUGAUGUUGGCGGUGGAGACGGAGAAGAAGGAGAGUUCACAUUCGCCUGGAAGAUGUUCACCAGCUGGGAUUACCUCAUCGGCAACGCAGAGACAGCUGACAACAAGUACGCCUCCAUCACUACCAGCUUCAAGGAGUCCAUUGUGGACGAGCAAGAGAACCAGAAGGAUGAGAACAUUCACCUGCGGAGGUUCCUCAGGGUCAUGGCUAACGUCCUGAUUACCUGCAGCCUCGGCGGCAGCGGAUACCUCAUCUACUUCGUGGUGAAGAGGUCUCAGGAGUUCGCCACCAGGGACGACCUCAGCUGGUACGAGAAGAAUGAGCUGGAGAUCAUCAUGUCUCUGCUGGGUCUGGUGUGUCCUCCAUUGUUUGAGACCAUCGCUGAGCUGGAGGACUACCAUCCUCGAAUUGCCCUCAAGUGGCAGCUGGGACGCAUCUUUGCCCUCUUCCUGGGAAACCUCUACACCUUUCUGUUUGCCCUGUUUGAUGAGGUUAACACCAAGCUGGAGGAGGAGCAGUCCAUUAAGAACGCCUCCAUCUGGGCCAUGAAGGAGUACUACGCCAACUACUCACGCCUGAUCAACGACACCGAGUCCACCCCACCCCCCAUGAACCCCGCUGAUGUCAUCAGAGGACCCUGCUGGGAAACCGCUGUUGGCAUAGAGUUUGUGAAGCUGACAGUGUCGGACAUCCAGGUGACCUACCUGACCAUCCUGAUUGGUGACUUCGCCCGAGCCGUCAUCGUCCGCUUCCUCAACUACUGCUGGUGCUGGGACCUGGAGGCUGGAUUUCCGUCGUAUGGAGAGUUCGACAUCAGUGGAAAUGUUCUUGGAUUAGUCUUCAAUCAAGGGAUGAUCUGGAUGGGUGCAUUUUAUGCUCCUGGGCUGGUUGGCAUCAACGUGCUCCGCCUCCUCAGCUCCAUGUACUAUCAGUGCUGGGCCGUCAUGGCCACCAAUGUCCCCCACGAGAGAGUCUUCAAGGCCUCCAAGUCCAACAACUUCUACAUGGGCCUGCUGCUCCUCAUCCUCUUCCUCAGUCUGUUACCUGUCGUCUACACCAUCAUGACCCUGCCCCCUUCGUUUGACUGUGGACCAUUCAGUGGGAAGGUGAAGAUGUUUGAUGUGAUCAUGGAGACGAUCGACCUGGACCUGCCGGCCUUCAUGGGGACGCUCUUCAGCUACGCAGCCAACCCGGGCCUCAUCAUACCAGCUGUACUGCUCAUGGUACUGGCCAUCUACUACCUGAACUCAGUGUCUGAGGCCUACAAGAACUCCAACAUGGAGCUGAAGAAGAAGAUGCAGAUGGCUCGGGAUGAAGAGAAGAAUCGGAGGAACAACACGGACAGCACCAACCAGGUCAUGAAAGACUUGGAGGACCUUCUGCCGAACCGCUCCCUUGCCCCCCCAGCUCCACCAGAGCCUGAAAAAAAACCAGAGCCAGAACCAAAGCCAACUAAGACGAAGCCUGGUAAAGGCGUAAACCUGGAGAAAGAUGUGACUCUGGCAUCGCCCAACCCCAACGUUCAAAGACCGGUGAGCCGGCCACCAGGGCCGAGAGGACAAGGGCCGAUGCCGGGUCCAGGUGCAGGACCGGGCCGAGGCCGUGGGAGAGGGCCCCCUCCAAGAUAA